UGGAGUGUAAACAUUAGUGUCGUGAAAUCGCGACAGUCGGAGAACAGGACUCGCUCACUCGCAACGUAAGAUUGUGUGCGCUUCAACUACAUUCUUGAAAUAACAAAUAAAUGUGUUAAACCAUCGGGAGCCUGUCGAUAUAACACGGAAGGAACUAAACUGAAGUUAGUGAAUAUGCAGCCCUUCCGCGUGCCACCGGAGAUGCUUGGGGGACUGGAAGAGAGAUUGCAGUUUUUAGGGGGCCACCAAGUGCCUGUCAGUCCUCCGUGCAGCCCUCUAGCCCAGAGCAUCACCCCACCGUCACCCCUGCAAGACGAGAACAGCAACAUCAAGAAAGAGUUACCAACAGAAGUAAAACUGGAGAAGCCGGAGCAGGAGCGGGAGCGCCAGGCCCCUCAGAUGACGCUGAAGGAGACUCCGACCUCGUGUCCCGCAAACGGCGCGAGUGCGGCGGAGAUUCGGCGCUACAGGACGGCCUUCACGCGGGAGCAGAUCGGUCGCCUGGAGAAGGAGUUCCUUCGGGAGAACUACGUGAGUCGGCCGCGGCGUUGUGAGCUGGCGCAGGAGCUGGGGCUGCCCGAGGCCACGAUUAAGGUGUGGUUCCAGAACCGGCGCAUGAAGGACAAGCGGCAGCGCCUCGCCUUGGCCUGGCCCUACGCGGACCCCGCCCUGACGGCCUACCUCCUGCACGCGGCCGCCGCCACGGGCGCCUACCCGCCCUACCUGCCGCCUUCGCUUCCGCCGGGAUCUCCAUGGGCGGCCGCUGCGGCUGCAGCCGCUGCCGCCGGCGUGGCAGGCACUCCGUCCUACUCCUCGCCAACGCAUGCCACUCCGCUCUCGAGGUUCGCCCCCUAUCCCCGCCCACACCCGCCCGUUCUCUCCCCGCCCUACUCAAGGCCUUCCGAGGUGCACAUGCCGCCCUCCGCCUCCGUCCUCACGCCCACACCAGUGGUCCCACGACCCAUCGUGGGCGGCCACCUGCCCUCCUGCCCAGUGCGCGACUCCCCCUCCAAAAUAGGCGUCGAGGGCUGUCUCUGCGGGCUGCUUGCGUACCCUGGUCUGGCAAGUCACACCCUCGCACAGGAAUCCGCCCUUCCCUUCCCGCCCACGCUCCUGGCCUCCACCACAGCCACUUCCGGGAGCCCCACCUUGGCCGCCCAGUGACAAGGUCGACGUCGACGUUUCCUCCUCCGGCCGCACCAGCCCGCCUCUGCCGCGCGCCCCCAAGGCUCUGUUCCAGCCGUACCGCGACGACCUCGUCUCAUGAACGCUCUGACGUGUCCUCUCCCUCUCUGGGGCUCCUCUCCCUCCCUUUCUGUGGCUCCUCUCUUUCCCUCUCUGGGGCUCCUCUCCCUCCCUUUCUGUGGCUCCUCUCUUUCCCUCUCUGUGGCUCCUCUCCUUUCCUCUCUGCUGCUUCACUCUUUCCCUCUCUGUGGCUUCCCCUUUCCCCCUUUGCCUAUCUAGCCUUUUCUCUGUACCCACUCCAUCUCCCUGUUUCGUCACUUUUUUUUCUUUGCACUCUAUUUUUCGUUCCUUUUCUUUUCUUCUUAGUUUCCUCUUCUUCUUUUGUUUCUUCUUUGGCUUCUAGUCACUUUGGCCAAUGUAUUGUGCUGAUGAAGCAAGUGUAAAUAUUAUAUGAUAUAUGGAUACCCUUUUAAUUAUUUCAAUAAAAUAUUUGUAAUGCUGUAAA